UCAGCGCAGCGCAGACUCACUCCUCUCCUCCAGUCUUCAAGUGCCGAGCCGGACGGACGGACGGACGGACGGACGCACGGACAGAGUGCCUCUGCUUUGCUUUCUCACGAGUGCUUUUCCUCUCUCGCGCAUGUCAGCUGCUUCCGCGCCGACCGCGAAGAUGCACCGUCCUGGAGGAGGACUGACGUUGUUACUGCUGUCGGCUCUCUGGAUUUUCUGCGACGUCAACUGUGUGCGAGGAGCUUUGCCAACAAGCGCAAAAUGUGACAAUGCACUGGCCUCCCCAUUGCCGCACACAGCCUUCUCCAGCUCAUCUGUCUUCUCAAAUGGAUAUGCACCUGGUUAUGCAAAGCUCAACAGGCGAGGAGGUGCAGGUGGCUGGUCCCCACUCGAUAGCGAUCACUACCAGUGGCUGCAGGUGGACCUGGGCUCCCGAAAACAACUGAGCGCCAUUGCCACGCAGGGUCGCUACAGCAGCUCCGAUUGGACAACGCGCUACCGUCUGCUCUAUAGUGACACGGGAAGGAACUGGAAACCUUAUCACCAGGAUGGCAACAUUUGGGCCUUCUCUGGAAAUUCAAACUCGGAGAGUGCAGUUCGGCACGAGCUGCAGCACGGAAUCGUGGCUCGCUUCCUGAGGCUCGUCCCCCUGGAGUGGAGCAAAGAGGGCAGGAUUGGUCUUCGCAUAGAAGUCUACGGCUGUUUGUACUGGGCAGACAUGAUCAACUUUGAUGGACAGGGUGUGAUCUCGUAUCGUUUCAAGGUGAAGAAGAUGAAGCUCAUCAAGGACGUGAUCGCACUAAGGUUCAAGACGUCGGAGAGCGAGGGGGUGAUUCUCCAUGGAGAGGGCCAGCAGGGGGACUACAUCACCUUGGAGCUGCGCAAGGCCAAGCUGCUGCUGCAGAUCAACCUGGGCAGCAACCAGUACGGCUCUAUUCUGGGUCAUACCUCGGUGACGACGGGCAGCCUCCUGGAUGACAACCACUGGCACUCGGUGGUGAUCGAGCGCUACCGGCGCAAUGUCAAUUUCACCCUGGACAGGCACACUCAGCACUUCAGGACCAACGGGGAAUUCGACCACCUCGACUUGGACUAUGAGUUGAGCUUCGGGGGGAUGCCAUACAGCGGCAAACCAGUCGGAGGUGGGCGCAAGAACUUUAAAGGCUGCAUGGAGAGCAUCAACUACAAUGGAGACAACAUUACUGACCUGGCCCGAAGGAAGAAGCUGGACACCUCAAGUUUUCGUAACCUGUCCUUUUCCUGUGUGGAGACGCACUCCUUCCCCGUCUUUUUUAAUGCCACCAGCUUCCUCCAGCUGCCCGGUCGGGCCGCUCACAACCUCAUAUCGGUGGGUUUGCAGUUUCGUACGUGGAAUCCACAAGGGCUACUCCUCUUUAGUAACCUUGACGAUGGAACUCUGGAAAUGUCACUCGAAGAUGGCAAGGUGGUCCUUCACAUCAAUGUGACCGGGCCCGCCAGGCAUUACAUGGUGGACUUGACGUCAGGCUCGGGCCUCGACGAUGGCCAAUGGCACGCCGUGCGUUUGGUCGCCAAGGAGAAUUACGCCACCUUGAUGAUAGAUGGCGACGAGGCUUCUGCCGGCCGUUCCACGUCGCCACUCUCAAUCACCACAGGAGGAACGUAUCACCUGGGAGGGUAUUUUCUCCAGACGCUUUUCCCGCCUUCUCAACGCUUCUUCCAGGGUUGCAUGCAAGCCAUCGUAGUGGAUGACCAACCGGCUGAUUUGCAUGCUGUGGAGAAAGGCACAGUUGGAGCUUUUGAGAACGUCAGCCUGGACAUGUGUGCCAUCAUUGAUAGAUGUAUGCCUAAUCAUUGCGAGCAUGGCGGUCACUGUCAACAGACCUGGGAUACUUUCAGCUGCACUUGCGAUGGAACAGGAUACAGCGGCGCCACCUGUCACACUUCUCUCUAUGAGCCAUCAUGUGAGGCCUACAAGCAUUUAGGCCGGUCCUCGGACACUUACUGGAUCGACCCUGAUGGCAGCGGACCUCUCGGCCCCCUCAAAGUUCAUUGCAACAUGACAGAGGACAAAGUGUGGACUGUCGUCACGAACAACCUUCCGCCCAAAACGACAGUGACUGGUUCCAGUCGAGAAAGGCGCACCAUCCUCCAAGUCAACUACAGUGCCUCCAUGGACCAGGUGACAGCCAUCACCACCAGCGCAGAACAUUGUGAGCAACGAAUCACAUACAGCUGCCGGAAGUCCAGACUGCUGAACACUCCAGAUGGGACUCCCUACACAUGGUGGGUGGGCCGCGGCAGUGAAAAGCACUUCUACUGGGGGGGCUCGGGUCCCGGCAUCCAGAAAUGUGCCUGCGGCAUCGACCGAAACUGCACUGACCCCAAGUAUGACUGCAAUUGCGAUGCCGACCACUCCCAAUGGAGAGAAGAUUCUGGUCUUUUGGCAUAUAAGGAACACCUGCCAGUCAGCCAGGUUGCGGUGGGCGACACCAACCGAGCUGGCUCCGAGGCCAAGCUCACCGUUGGGCCCUUGCGCUGCCAGGGAGAUGAUAACUACUGGAACGCCGCUUCGUUCACAACCCCAUCGUCCUACCUUCACUUUGCCACCUUCCAGGGGGAGACCAGUGCUGACAUCUCAUUCUAUUUCAAGACCAGUGCACCGUACGGGGUCUUCCUGGAAAAUCUUGGCAACACAGAUUUCAUCCGUUUGGAGUUGAAAUCUCCACAAGUUGUCUCGUUUUCCUUCGAUGUGGGAAAUGGCCCGGUGGAGUUAGCGGUGCAUUCUGACGCGCCUCUCAACGACGACCAGUGGCACCGCGUGACGGCCGAGCGGAACAUCAAGGAGGCCGUUCUCCAGCUGGACCGAACUCAUCGUGUCUCUCAGCCGGCGCCGGCGCAAGGGCACACGCGUUUGGAACUCUUCAGCCAGCUCUAUGUGGGUGCCGCGGGGGGCCAGAGGGGCUUCCUGGGCUGCAUUCGAGCUCUACGGAUGAACGGCGUCACCCUUGACCUGGAUGAGAGGGCCAAGGUGACGCCCGGGGUCAAGCCCGGUUGCCGAGGCCAUUGCACCAGUUACGGCAUGUAUUGCCGCAACGGGGGAAAGUGUGUGGAGAAGUACAACGGGUACUUGUGCGACUGCAGCGCCACUGCCUACGAUGGCCCCUUCUGCACUCGAGACGUCGGAGGCUUCUUUGAGAUGGGGACGAUGGUCAGGUAUAACUUCCUCCCGGAAGCUGCGGCGGGAGCCCCGACGGACUCCGAGGUCCUCGCGAGUCACCUGAUGUCGCAGGAAGUCAACUCAACAAAAGAGGAAGUGACCUUCAGCUUCAGCGCAUCAAGCGCUCCCGCCAUUUUGAUGUAUGUCAGCUCCAGGACGGAGGACUACAUGGCAGUGGUGUUGAGGCGCAACGGUUCUCUGCAGGUCCGCUAUCAACUGGGAGGGCUGAAGGAGCCAUUUGCCAUCGACGUCGACCAGCGGAACCUGGCCAACGGACAGCCACAUAGCAUCAAUUUGUCUCGCAUUGACAGAAGGCUCACCAUCCAGCUGGACCAUUACCCCGCGGUCAGCUACUCCCUCCCGGAUGCCUCGGACACCAAGUUCAAUCUGAUCAAGACCCUCUUCUUGGGCAAAGUUUAUGAAACGGGAUAUGUUGACCCAGUCGUGAUCGAGCGUUACAACGCCCCGGGCUUCGUGGGCUGCUUAUCGCGGGUGCAGUUCAACGGCGUCGCGCCGCUCAAGUCUGCAUUGAGGAGCGGGCCGCAGACAGCCCUGGUACAGGAAGCGCAGCCUGCGGCCGCCCGGCCCGCGUCUUACCAGGGGAAACUUGUGGAGUCCAACUGCGGGGCGUCACCUCUCACCGUCCCACCAAUGUCGGCCGCAACUGACCCGUGGCGUCUGGACAACACAGAUGCGGAAUUCCCUUUUAAUGAGGAAAGAGUGAUUCCUGAUGGAGUCAACCGAGACUCGGCCAUUGUUGGAGGGAUCAUCGCGGUGGUGAUCUUCAUCAUCCUAUGCACUCUGCUGUUCCUGAUCCGCUACAUGUUCCGCCACAAAGGCACCUACCACACCAACGAGGCCAAAAGCGGCGCGGAGCCCCCCGGCGAGUCUCCAGAAACGGCCAUUAUCGGCACAGAAAACCCGGAAACCAUUGAGGAGUCAAAGAAGGAGUGGUUCAUCUAACAAGCGUUUGACGGCACUCCCCGAGAGGACGUGAGCCGUCUCGCCACAAGUCGCCAGCAUGAUGGAGACGGUUCAAUGCAAUGACCAGUCAUGGGAAGGAGAAAGAAAAGUCAUUGCAGUCGGACAAUAAUCUCCCAAAGAGAGAGAAAGAGAGACGUGUAUAUUUUGUUUUUGGGUUUUUUUCUCACAAACUGUAUAUCUACGGUAUAUCGAGAGCGUCGGAACUGAGGGACUCAGGCGAGUGUUGCUCCACGAGGCUGUACAUGUAAAUCCUAACUGGCUUGUCCUUCGUCUCGUGCUUGGGAGUUUUAUGGAGUCCUUUGAAUACUGCAUAUGACAAAUAGUUAUAUUUACUGGGUUGUGUGAUAGGACAAAAUCUCUGUUAGUUUUGAUUUCAUUUUUUAACAAAAAAAAAAAAAAAAGAUCUCUAAUCAUCACGCCAAACGAUUAGCAUUUUGUUUUUGCAGACUGUCAUGGCGCCAGCCUGCCUUUGUACAUACUUGGAUUUAUUUUUGUUCAAAGAUUUAUUGAGAGAGUCCGUGACAUCAAUACUAAUCUAUCGAGGAGUGUUAAGGCUGCACUGAAAAAAAAAAAAAGUUGCACUCUUAUGUGAAAAAAAAAUCCAAUAAAAAUCCAUUCGUCCAGUGAACUGGAUGAAUGAUUGUCAAAAAUUCCCACUAGUCCUUCAACUCAUCAGCCGCCGUGUUGCUCAAGGGCUGUGCGAUACCGUAAAUGAAUCGAAAACACUACUGGCUGCAAAAGCGGCAAUUUCAUUGGAAGUGAUUCUCAGGAACAGACGCAUGAAACAAGUCAUCCCGAUGACGGUGUUCAUGUGGCAAAACAUUGGCCAUUGACCUGUUUGUGAAACUUCAACCCAGCCAGUCUUCAUCCGAACAAGCGAAGUUGCAUCCCAAUAGGCUCACUUUUUAUUUUUAUUUUUUUUCACAUGAGAUUGCAUCUUGCUCCCUGUAUUGGAAAGGAUAUCUGUUUAUUUCGUGAGGCUGCCAGAAUACUCCUUCCUCCUCGUCCUUUUGCCAAUGACAUCAUGUAUGUAACAAAGUGAGUUUGAUGGCAACUCUGACAUUUGGUUGUUCGGGGCCGUGUUGGUGUUUUCUCCAAGCAUGAUGAGAAUUUUUUAUCGCAGCUGGUUGCGUUUGUUUCGCUCAUCGUCGCAGCUUUCUUUUUCUUUGCGACCGUAUUCGGACUUGAACCCUUCGUUUUUCUCUUUGCCAAACAGUCUCCGCGAUUGUCUUUGCCGAGGACCAUUUCACACACCGACGCUGAGCUGUUGAUAAAAGAGGUCAGGCCAUGAUCAGAGAGCCAAAAAACUCAAGUCGGCGCAGAUGGACGUGCAAAGUCGUCAAGUUGGUCAUUGGCGUUUUCCAAUGGCUUGUGCCUUUGAGCCAUUUGGCCCGGUCCUGGACUGAACCCGACUACCGCUGCGGGAAAUCUCAGGCGUCGGCUGAUUUGAGUGGCGCUUGGCGCUAAACGUCGGAAUCCAUUCCUCUUGAUAAACUCGUCAAGGUGUGGAAGGUGAUGCUGAAAGGCGAGCAACGCGCCUCCGACGCUGUGCUCCGUGUGACGCGCAUCGUGUUUGAUGGUGACCGCGUCGAGAUUGUUCCACAGCCGCGACGUGGAAUGAAUGGGGACUUAAAAGCAGUGCCAUUGCCUUCCCUUCAACAAUCAAACCACGUCGGACUUGCGUUUCAUACUUUCCCUCCGUUUGUUUCUUCUGCAUUCUAAAUACAAUUUCGACGAGCUGCCAAACGUGUUCGCUUCUUAUUCGUUACUCGCGACGUGUGCGUGCCAUGACAUCGUUGCGAAAGCCCUCUCCCACGGAUGGAUUUGGGCAUCUGUGUUGCCUCGUAGCUCGCGCGUGAACUCUGCCUGCCUUUGACUUUGGCCUCAAAUGAGACUUGAAUCGCCAAAGGCAAACAAGGAGCGACUUCCUUUUCUCGAAUCGUGAGAGUCCCGCCAGAUAGAACGGGAUCACACAUUUGCCCUCCCAACGGGGUCCAAACAUGAGAAUGAGGACAAGUGUAGCCAUAACCCGAAUGCUUUUCUAUCCGCUCUGUUCAGUUCAAUAAAGAGUGUUUGAUCUUUGA